AUGGCUGAUCAUAAAUGGGAUUUUAAAUCCAAUUAUAUGCUUGCUUUUACUGUAUGUAAAUAUGGUUUAGAUCCAGAACGAUGGGAUUUAAUAGCUAAUGAUUUAGCUAAUUAUAUUAAUACAACACCACAAAAUUGUCAAACACAAUUUGGUCAUUUAUGUCAACAAUAUGGGCAGGAUUGGCAAAAACAAUCGGUUGAACCUUUACAUAAUUAUAUUUUUACUACAAUUAAACGUCUGUAUUAUGGUAAUUUAUGUGAACAAAUGAAUGAAUCACGAAGUUUACUUAACGUUACGUAUGAUUUUAUACGUUUAUUUAAAAUUGGUCGAAUUACAUCAAAAGAGAUUGAGGAACUCUUACAAGAUAUUAAAAAUACUCCUUCAACUACAAAUAAUACACAUGAUAAUGAACGACAACUUAAAAUCGAAAUGCUUGAUCGUCUUAAAGGAUAUAUGACACAACAAAAUUGUCAAACAUUGAAUACACAAUUUUCUUCAUUUCCAGUUCCAUUAUUACCUCCACCACCGCCACCACCACCAUUCUUUCAUCAUCAUCAUCAUCAUCAUCAACAACAACCAACAAUUCCAAAUUAUAAUCCACAAGAUCAAGUCAUUUCAAAUACAAAUGAAAAUGAUCGACAAGUACCUUCACUCGAUAAAAGUCAUAUAAUAAAUAAUACUGAUAUAUCAUCAUUUCCAAUAAUUAUACAAUCAAAUAAUUUACUUAUUGAAAAUGAAACACAAUAUAUAAAUAAUCAUUCAUCAAAUGAUGUUGAUAUUGAUGAAAUUGAACUCAGCUCAGAUGAUGAUGAUGAUGAUGAUGCUAAUGAACGAACAACAACAACAGUACAAAUGUCGAAUUAUGAGGAACCAACAGCUUCGUCAAAUCUAAUGAAUGAUCAAGAUGAAUCUACAUUUGUAUCUGAUGAACAGAUGGACACAAAUCAAUCAUCCAAUAUGCAACCAAUGACUACAGAAAUAUCGGAUUCAAAUGACAGAGAUUUAUAUGAAAAUGCGAAUACUGGAAGUAUUAAUAAUCAAUCAACAUCCAAUACUCGAUUAUCAGGUGAAGAACAAGCAAGAUCAAGUAAUAGUGAUCAGCCAAUGUCAUCAAGUUUUCAAGUUAAUAGAAGUAUAAAUGGUUCAAAUGAUUAUAUUAUAUCAGAUAAUGAUCAAAUACAAUCGAUACAAAAUAAUUAUCAUCAUAUGCCUAAUGAAAUUGAUUUCAUUACAACAACACCAACUCGUAUUGCUGUUGACGAUGAUGAAGUAGCUCGAAUGGAUGCAGAACAGAUUCCUGAACCAGUUCCAGCUGAUAUUACUGAUGUAACAGUACCAAAUGAUAAUGCUAUGUUUAUUGUUGAUGAAUCAAUUUCGAAUACUAAUACUCCUGAAAUUCCUACACAUAAUAUUGAUCAGCAAAGUAUUGCAUCGAAUAUAGCUUCAUGUUCAGAAACAUAUGAAAAUGAUGAUUCCAUAGCUUGGAAAAAUAUACGUAGACAAUCACGCUUGACAACAAGUUCUUCAUCAAAUAAUUCUCGUAAAUCAAUGAAUAUUAUUCUGAACAAUUUGAAAACUGCUAAAUAUGGUUAUGAUUUUGCUAAAUCACUUAAAUCAUUUAAACUAUCAGAUGACUAUUAUGAUCGUAUUAAAAAACCAUUAGAUAUACCUGAAAUACGUGAACGUAUGAAUAAUGGAGAUUAUGAUGACAGUUUUCUUUUAUUUGAACGUGAUGUGUUAUUAAUGUUUACUAAUGCAUUAUCUAUGUAUCAUCGAGAUGUUGAAAUUCAUAAACAUACUCAAUAUAUGAUAAAUUAUGCUAUGGAAUUAUUUACAUCUAUGAACGAUGCAUUUAUUCCAUGGAAAACUAAAGAAUUUGAUAAUUUAUCGAAUUUAUAUUGUCAUAAUAAUGAUACUAAUACAAUAAAUUCUUCUUCUUCCAUCACUCGAACAUCUUCAGUAUCAUCAUCUGUUCGUACUGAUUCAUCAUCAACAAAAAAUCUUCGACGUCAAGGCCUAUCAAAAUCUCUAACACCUAAGCGUCAACGUAAAAUACCUCAAUAA